AUGUCCGGGCUACCGUCGGAUGAGGUCGCGGAAGACUAUAAGAACUCUUUGGAGGAUCUUGUGACCAACGACAGAUAUCAGAUCUCGAACUUGACCUUGAUCGCAAAAGAAAAUACCGAACAUGCUGAAGCGAUCUCCAGGGUAUUGCAAAACCACAUCAACAGAGCACCUCCGGCCCGCAAGCUACCGGCUCUGUAUGUGCUGGACUCUAUCGCCAAAAACGUCGGGUCUCCUUAUACAGUCUAUUUCGGCCGGAACCUCCAUCAAAUCUUUAUGCUGGCAUAUUCACAAGUCGACAGCGCGGUUCGGCGGAAGCUGGAAGAAAUGUUAAAGACGUGGCGAGAACCGGUCCCUGGCGCCCUGUCCACCACUCCCGUGUUUCCUAUCGCAAGCACCCAGACCAUCGUCGACAGCUUGAACAAGUUUCGAGGCCAGGUUCCCGCAAAUCAUCGAUCUACCCCCAUCCAAGGCCAGCCUGUGAGAGUGCCUUCUGCUCAACCGUACCGACAUACACCGACUCCUCCCCAAACCUUACCUCAAUUUGCUCAAAAUAUCCCUUCACACAUUCGAAGUCCGCAACCGCAGCCUGCCGUGCCUCAACAACCAUAUGCUCAGCUGCCAUCAGUGACAUAUGGCCAACCUUACCCUCCUCAGCCGACCCCGACCCCCUACUAUCAGCCCCCUCCGCCCUCCCAUACACCCCAAUACCUGCCUCCGACUCCUCAGCCGGCGCCCGUCACUGGAAGUGCGGUUGAUUUGCAGAAACUGCAUGCUGACAUUGAUGAUCUUACCACCGAUGCCAAAAUCGAGUGCGCCACUCAUCCCAUGGAUGCAGGAGCGCAACGGAAAUUAGCCAGUCUGCAAACGUUGAAAGAGAUCCUCGACAGUGGCAAUGCUUCUGAAAAUGACCUGGUCGAUAUUCGGAACACUAUUUUGCAAAAAAUGACGGAGAAGAUGGCAAUGAGCCGCCAACCUCCGGCGCAAACGCCGCUGCCGAAUAUCCCACUGCAUACAUCUUAUGCCCCUUCACAGGCACUCGUUCAACCCAUGCAAGCAAGUCCGCCGGGCCCAACCGCGGGCCCGCCUCCUACGGCAUUGUUCAACAGCACAAAUCUUGCAGAGCUACUUAGAACCACUCUAAAUCAACAGCAGGCGACACAACCGCCUAACUACUACGCGCCACCUCAAUCUGGCGUGAGCACUCCUCAGUACAUUACUACGGCCCCUGCUCCGCCAACGGAAAAUCCACUUAUAGCUCAGCUCCGGGCAUCGGGGCUCUUGUCUGCGGCACCGACACCCCCACCCGGGAUGACAGCACCCGUGGCAUCGUUCUCUACCUUCGGACCAGAUGCAACCGCGGAAGUCAAGCUCACAUCAGCUUCAAUCAGAAUACCAAGACCCCAGAUGAUUGCCAUAUUUCUCAACGCGCGGCCCAAUCAAUGCAGCACUUGUGGGCGAAGAUUCACUUCGGAUGAAGCUGGGAAAGAGAAGAAGGCCAGACAUCUCGACUGGCAUUUCAAGACCAAAGCCAGAAUGCUGGAGGCUGAGAAGCGGGGUCAGAACCGCAGCUGGUAUGUGGAUGAACGAGAAUGGAUCGCCAGCAAAGAGUACGAAGACGAUGCUGGACCGGUGGAUUCCAACGGCCAUCCAAUAAAUGGAGCCGGAGUGGCUGAUAAGAAGAAAGCUCAGGAUUUUGUGCGCGUGCCCGCCGAUCCAGUGCUGCGAUCAUUGCCUUGUCCAAUAGACCAAGAGGCAUUCAAAAGUGAAUGGAGUGAGGAAGUGCAGGAUUUUAUUUGGAAAGACGCAGUUCAAGUUGGAGGGCGAUAUUACCAUUCAUCUUGCCUAGGAGACUAUUCUAACUCGAUCCUUGGUAAACGAAAAGCAGAGGAAGAUAACAUGCCCAUGGUUGCGGAGAAGAAACUGCUUGUCACUUAG